AUGGACCCUCUCUACAACGCCACGGACUGUAACGCCACAAGCGGGACAAACGUCUCCGUGAACUGCAGCGACGGCUUCAACCAGUUCAUCCAGCCGGUGUGGCAGAUCACACUGUGGGCUGUGGCUUACUGCAGCAUCGUCGCGGUGUCUGUUGUUGGCAACAUGGUGGUCAUCUGGAUCAUUCUGGCGCAUAAACGCAUGAGGACCGUCACCAACUAUUUCCUGGUGAACCUGGCGUUUGCAGAGGCGGCCAUGUCCGCCUUCAACACAGUGAUCAACUUUGCCUACGCUGUUCACAACGAGUGGUACUUUGGUUUGGUUUACUGUCGCUUCCACAACUUCUUCCCCAUUGCAGCCAUAUUUGCCAGCAUUUACUCCAUGACGGCCAUCGCUCUGGACAGAUACAUGGCCAUCAUCCAUCCCCUGCAGCUGAGGCUGACCUCCACAGAGACCCGCGUGGUGACGGCCGUCAUCUGGAUGCUGGCUCUGCUUCUCGCCUUCCCUCAGUACUACUUCUCGUCCACUGCGCUGCUGCCCGGACGCACAGUCUGCUACAUAGACUGGCCCGAAUACUCCACGGUGGACUUCAGGAAGAUAUACUAUGUGUGUGUGACACUGCUCAUCUACUUCCUGCCCCUUUGCAUUAUGGGAUGUGCGUACACGAUCGUGGGUGUCACCCUCUGGGCGAGUGAGAUUCCUGGAGACUCGUCUGAACACUACAAAGAACAGCUGAUUGCCAAACGCAAGGUGGUGAAGAUGAUGAUCGUGGUUGUGUGUACGUUCGCUGUGUGCUGGCUGCCCUAUCACAUCUACUUCCUCCUGCUCCAGUUCUUCCCCCAUUUAUUUGAGCAGCGCUACAUCCAGCAGGUGUACCUGACCAUCAUGUGGCUGGCCAUGAGCUCCACCAUGUACAACCCACUCAUCUACUACUGCCUCAACAGCAGGUUCAGAGCAGGUUUCCAGCAGGUAUUUUGUUGCUGUGCUCCCACCGUCGGCAAGGAGGAGCUGGAGCUCAAAUCACCGCGCUACCUGCAAACACAGGUGAGCAUAUACCGAGCCAGUCGGAUGGAGAUCGUUGUUUCCACGGCCGUCCCCCCCCCAGCAGAGGAGCAAAAGAGUGCAGCGCUGCCGUCCUGCUCCCCUCCCAGCCAGCCUCAUGUGGAGGUCACGUGGCUCAGACACUGA